CUCCGUGUAGAACAUAUCAACAUCUCACGUUUUCUCUUCCUGACUUGUAAGAUAAGAUAAAGUUGUAUUUAAACUCAGAUGAAAUUUGUUAUUUUUCAGAUUCAUGGCUUUUUUCAUCUCCAUUUUUGAAGAUCCCACAAAAUACAAAAACAUCACUAAGCGAUUAUUGAAGAUUCAACCACUGGAUAUCAAGAUCUUAAAUGAGUUUGGGAAACAAAGUGCUUGUGUCAUUAAGCUUUUCAAUGUAUCUGAUCGUAAUCAUGUAGCGUUCAAGAUAAACAUUGAGGAGUCACCAGAAAGACAAUACUGUCUGCAACCCAGCGAAGGCCUCAUUAAGCCAAAGUCAGCAUGUUAUUUGUCAGUUAAAAAUCAGGCUCUUAGCUUAGAAACAGCUGAUAUCAAGUGCAAACACAAAAUUUUGAUUCAGAGCAGAAUUGUACCUUCAAGUACAAAUCAAGAUGAUGUUACUCCUAUCAUGUUCGCAGAUAAUAGUUUCAUCAGCAUACAAGAGAACAUGCUCUGGCUUUUUAUGUUUAGCCCGCGUCAUUCUUCGGAACUAAAUUUUAACAAAAAUUUAGAGCUUGUUAAGGCAAUGGUGACUGAUAUAAAGGAAGAAUUUGGCAGUUUCAAGCCAAGCGAUGAGGAGGAAUACAUGAUUAUUCAAAAACCAGCUAAAACUCCGGAAGAAAUGUCAUUUUGUGAAUAUACAAGAACGUAUACGUGGCUAUUCUGGUUAGCAAUAAGCAUAACUUUGGUGACAGUAAUCUUGUUGAUUACAUUUAUAAGAUGAACCGUUCAACACUGAAAGAAAGACUUUUGGAUACAAAAUCUUUUAAUUCCAGUGAUUACAUUUCAUUGAAAAUGAUUGAUUCUCUUAAAAUUUUAAUUUUACAUGUACUUUGUUACAUUAUCAGUUGAUAGCUUGUCUUCACUAGCCGUUGACAAAUUGAAUAGCAGUUGAUGAAAUUUUAUUUUUCAUUCAUUGAUAGCUUGGAUUUAGUCAUUUAUCUUCA